AGCAAACAAUAUGGAAACUGUUGCAUUCAAACAAAUGCAUAAACUGUGGAUAACCUUUACAGUAAUUAAAUUACAGUGAUUAUAAUGAUAAAUACAAUUAUAAGUAAAAUAAACAUUAAAGAUAUAUGUGAACAUUCCAGAAUGUUAUAGUACAACUUGAGUUACAACAUAAGUGUGGAAAUUGUUGGGUAUACAGCUGCCUACUGAAUGUAAAUAAGUAGUAUAAAACAACAUACAAAAGAGUAGAAAAGGAACAUGUAGGAACAAUGUGAAACAAACUUAACAAGUAGUAUGGUGAGUGCAGAGGAGUUAUUAUUAAGUUCAACUGCACGUUUUUCCUGUGCUACUGCUUUUUGUUUACUUAUUGCCUCUGUUCGGACAAGUAUUUCUGUCAUCGUCACUAAAGGACCUCAAUAACUUAACUAUAUGGAGUGAAAAAUGGCAAUUACCAUUUAACCUCAACAAGUGCGGGAUCAUGCACUUUGGAAAGCAUCCCUAUAAACCGCGACUUCACUUAAAUGAAUGUAUAGUCCAAACACUCGAAUCAGUACACGAUUUAGGAAUUAAUUACACAGGAAGCCUAAACUUUGAAGAACAUGCCUCCUCUAUUAUUUCUAAAUCUAGACGGCUAAUUGGUUUUAUAAUGAAAAACUUUUUCACAACAGAGGGUAAACUUACUCUCUACAAAAUAUGUGUACGACCCACCCUUGAAUACUGCUCUUUUGUCUUCUCUAAUAUGAAUAUCACAGACAAGAUAAGAGUAGAAGAUGUUCAAAGACGUUUUACGCGUCAACUACUAGGAUGUAACUCGAAUCUCGAUUACACAGACAGAUGUAAGCGUCUAUCUUUAGAACCUUUAUGGCACCGUAGGCUAAAACACAAUUUAAUAUUUCUCUACAAAGCGAUAUAUGGGCUCUCCUUUCUAACCUCCUGCCCGACUAUCACCCACGACCCAGCCUAUAGACUUAGAAACAACGCAUAUACACUACUUACCGUAAAACACCAAAAACAAAUGCGUUGUAAGUUCUUUACAGUACGGUACAGUUUAUUGUGGAACAGGCUGCCAAUGCCUAUCCGUAACUGUGAUACGUUUACCAGAUUCAAAAAGCUAAUAACCCUAUUUCUAGACUCCAAAGAGCUUCAACAUUACCUUGAACUCCCGCCCACCGAUGAGGCACUUUAUUACGGACCGCCUAGUAUCUAGAAAGAACAAAAUUAUAAAAAGUUCGACUGUUACUAAUCUGAAUAUAAGCGAAUCACAGGAUAUAUGGCUUAUCCUUUCCUAUUAUUCAUUGUUUAUUAAUCAUGAUUUCAUGCUCCUAACCCUAGCUUUCAGUCCCCAAAUCUCUACAGGUUAAAUGUACAUUAUUCUUCCUAAAAGUCAUGCUUUUUUUUUCUACUGCAAGUAGACAGAUAGCUCAAUCUUAUGGAUGCUGAUCUACUAAGGCCGAUCAUUCAAAGCUCAAAAUUUGGCCACAAAGUCUUGUGAGUUUCUCAAUGUUCUAUUUUUCUCACCCUAAAAUCUUUUUCUUUUUUUUUCUACAAUUUUAUACCCACUCAUAUCUUUUGAUUUACUAUUAAUCCUUAAUUAUUUAAACCAUUAGU